AUGGCCACCAACCCCCAGCCCCCGCCGCCCCCGCCGCCGCCCCCUCAGCAGCCGCCGCCGCUGCCGGGGGCCGGGGCCGGCGCGGGGGGCGGCGCGGCCGAGCCCGAGCUGGUCUCCAUGAUCGUUAACCACCUCAAGAGCCAGGGGCUCUUCGACCAGUUCCGCCGCGACUGCUUGGCCGACGUGGACACCAAGCCUGCCUACCAGAAUUUGAGACAGCGCGUUGACAACUUUGUUUCCAAUCAUUUGGCCACUCAUACCUGGAGUCCUCAUCUUAACAAGAACCAGUUGAGAAAUAACAUUAGACAGCAGGUUCUCAAGUCUGGAAUGUUGGAAUCAGGAAUUGACAGAAUUAUUUCUCAGGUUGUGGACCCAAAGAUCAACCACACAUUCAGACCUCAGGUGGAAAAAGCUGUCCAUGAAUUUUUAGCCACAUUGAAUCACAAAGAGGAGGCAGGCCCCAGUACAUCUCCAAGUGAGGAGAAACCAGAUGCUUCUGUUACAGUACAAGGUGUCUCUGCUACAGCUCCAAGUGCUAAUGUAGCUAGUGAUGCAAUGUCCAUUUUGGAAACAAUAACUUCUCUUAACCAAGAAGCAAGUGCUGCCAGGGCUUCAACAGAGACCUCAAAUCCCAAGAACAGUGACAAAGUUGGGAAAAAACUCUCAUCUCAGCAGAGUGUGGAUGGUAGCACUGAGAAAGAAAGAAAUGCAGAGGACUUGCCAGACAGAGAGAAAGGAAUUUGUGACCUUUCUGGAGAAGGGGCUGAAACGCUUGUAAAGUGUGAAGAUUUAAAUGAGCUUCCCUGCCAAAGUGAAGAAGUGAAAAAUUCAGCAAGGGAUACUAAUACUUUGACUUUUACAAGUAAAGAUAUUCAACAGGAAAUUGAAGAUGUGAAGAGUAAAUUAUUGGAUAAAUCUGACAAGAAACCAGAGAGCAAUGAAAAAAGUGAAAGAAAAAAAGAAAAGAAGGAAAAGCUUGACAAGAAGUCUGAUCAUUCAAAGAAAAGCGAUGAUACUGCAAAGGCAAAAGAGGAAAAGCAAGCAAAAGAGUCAGAGCCAAUGAAACAGUUAGUUCCAGAAAAAAAUAGCAAUAAACAUAAAACAGCUGAAAGCACUAAAGAAGAAAAUAUGUUAAUAGAUUCAGAUACGGAUGUGCUCAGUGACAUCACGGUCAGCUCUGUCCAUACCAGUGACCUUUCUUCCUUUGAAGAGGAAAGUGAAGAGGAGCCUGUAAUUUCUGACAGUACUGAAGAGGGGGAGAUCACAUCAGAUGAAGAGGAGAAGAGCAGUCAAAGUAAGACGAAACCCCACGCAAAUGAGCUGAGUGAUGGCAAGGCCAAGCCUGUUCGCCAUGCUUAUGUCCGCAAGCCUUUCCUGUACUCCAAAUACUUCAGUGAUUCUGACGACGAGCGAACUGUGGAGCAGCGCCGUCAGUCCAUUGCCAAAGAAAAAGAAGAGAGACUGCUUAGAAGACGAAUUAACAGAGAGAGACUUGAAGAAAAACGUAAACAGAAAGCUGCAGAAAAGACAAAAUCUGUAAAAACUGGAAAUCAGAAUGCUAAAGGAAAAAGUGGCUUACAAUUAGAAGAACCUUCGUCAAAAAGUCUAGAGUCAAAAACUACUGGUACUAGCAUUAAGGAUGUGCUUAAAGAACAGAAAUUUUUGGAAAAAAAAGUGGCCCUGAGCAGAAAAAGAAAAAGAGAUUCAAGGCAUGCUGAAGAUAGCUGCAGAAAGAAAAAUGAGCCAUCUGAAGAAGAUUCUAAAGAAAUACAAAAGACAAAUGAGACUUGUGAAAAAAAUUCUUCCAAAGAAUUGAAGCACAAUCAUGGAAAAAACGAAAUUUCUAAACAACUUAGAAGGCUUUCAGAGUGGGGGCAUUCAGCUGAGGAAAACAAAAGUGAUUCUAAAGCAGAAAAAGAGCAUAAAAGAAAAACCUCCACUUCUCUUCAGGCUGAAGGAGCUCAGCAGGACAGUGAAACAAGGGAUCCAAAAAAACAACUGGAUAAAGGAGAAGUCAAUACUGAAGAACCGCAGAAGCAGAAAUCUAUAUCUAAGAAUGAAAAAACACCUAAAAAAGAUAUUGACACAGAAAUUCAACAUAUGAGAAAUUCUGCCAAAAAAGAAGCUAAGUCUUACAGAGAUAAAAAUGAAAAGGAAAGAACUGCUUUAGAAGAUAAGCUUUCAUUAAAGCACAAAUAUAAAGGAGAUGGUAUUCACAAGUCAGGUGAAGAUGUUGAACUUCAUUCAUUUGAGCGAAGUUCGAAAGGAGAGGAUGGUGGCCAGAAACAUAAUCAACAAAUAAAGAUUUCCUCAGAUGACAAAAGUGAAAGAAAAGUACACCGAAGUGAACGGAAAGUAUCAGUAACAGGAAAAGAUGGGAAGAACCCUCCUGAGUCAACCUUAAAAGCUGAAGAAUUGCUGCGGAAAGAAAAAAAAGACAGACAUCUCUCAACAGAGAAACCAAGAGCAGAAUGCAAGACCAAAAGGUCCUUGAGUGAUUCUAAGCCACAGAAGGAUUCCCUAAGUGCCUCAAAGCAGCCUGGUUCAGUGUCACACAGAAGGAGUGAAGCUACUCAGAAGAUACAUGAAAUAGAAUCAACUAACUCUGAUAGUAAUGUAAAACUUGAAGACAGUGUUCAUAAAGAUAGACGAAGAUCUAAGAGCCUUGCAGAAGACAAGAUUUUGUUAAAGUCCAAGUCAAAGAGUCAUAGUAAACAGUUCAAAGCAUCUGAAACAGAUCAGGAAUUAACAAAACAAGACACUGCACAGAAACUAGACAAAGAUAAGAGCCUGGAAGACAAUGAUUCAGAUAAACAACACAAAUCCAGGAAUGAAGAUAAAGGUUUGGAGGAGAGUGGUGCUGACUUUCAGCUUGCAAGUGGCUCACAGUCAACUCAGGGAUCAAAAGACUUCGGUCACAGAGUUAAGCUACAUUCUGGAGAAAAAGGGGCUGUAAAAGAGAAACACAGAGGUGAUAAAGAUUUAAGAUUCAAACUAGAAAGAAAGUUCUCUGGUGAAGGUCACAAAAGCAGAAGUUUAAAGCACAACAACAAGGAAUAAAGAAGGAAGGAAGAGAGCAUCAAAUGAGAUAAAGAUACUAAAGAAAUGGAUAGUGGACAUGAAAGAUUAUCUAAUGUCACAAUGGCAGUGGAUAAAAAAAGCAAGAAGGUUUCCUCUGAAAAUAGAAAAGGCAGCAUAUCAAACCAAGAUAUACUUAAGGAGGAAAAGCAAUCAGCUAGCACAACUGAAAGCAGACAGGUUCCAGCUCCAAAGGCAACUGUGAAUAAUGAUGACUUGCAUGCUGGUCAUGAGGAAGGGCUGAUGGAACUUGAUUUGAAAAAAACAAAAGCACAGGAAGCAUCUAACAUUGAUGGAAAAAAUAUUCAAAACUCUCUUCAAGCCACAGAUGCCAAGUGUACAGUAAAACAAAAAGGAUCUCGUUCUAUUUCAAAUAAAGAGUUAAAACACAGCUUGACAGAUCCUGAAGCCUGUGAAAAAACUGUUGAACAAGAAGAUACUUCUAAUAAACAAGUUGGUGCCUUAGACCCUUUGUCCAAAACUUCCAUGGCUCAAGGAUCCAGUAAACAAGGGACUUAUAAAACGAGUGCUCUGUAUGAGACAAGUGGUAGAACUGUAAAGAAUGUAUCCAGUAAGGAUCAGACUUCAAAAGAUAGCAGAAGACCAAAGAUAAAAACUGUGAUAAAUUCUAAUUCAGAUGAUGUUCCUUUAGCAAUUAAUUCUUCAAGAGAAGAUGCUGCUGAUGCAAAGUCCAUGGAUGUGGAUAUCUCAGAUUUUACAGAUUCUUUAGGUACCAUGUCUAAAGAAUGCCACAAUUCAGAUGGGACUUCCUUGUUGAAAGAUGCUUUCCUUUCGAAGAAUGAUGCAGCACAGGUUGUAUACAUGGAGCAGGAUAGUGCAGUGCCAAGUUCUGUCAUGAAAGAUGAUGGUGACAUCACUGUCAUGGCAAACAGUACAGGAAAAGUUAAUGAGGUGUCCCAGCCUGAUGAACAGGCAGUGGAAGACACUGCAGCUGGGUUAUGUAGGCGAGAUUACAGUGAAGCAGCAAAGUCAGAAAGCUCUCAAGAUAAGCAGCUAAAAAGAAAAGAGGAAAGCUUGAUGUCUGACAUAACUGAGGAUCGUGGAGGUGUAACAUCAAAAGAACUUAAACCAAGAAGAAAAGGAAGAGAAUGCUUGAACGUAGCCCUUUCCACAAGGAGAAGAAGCACAAUGAUGGAUAGUGUGGAAAACAGCAAGGUGCAUGACGCUGAUGAUAUGAUCCAGUCUUCCUCUGUUUUAGUGCCUGAAGGAGUUCCUGAGGAAGGUUUCAAAGACUCUAUUAUAACUAAUGGGCAAGAAGGGACUGAUGUGGUUGGCAUGGAAGACAAAAAUGGAAGUAAUGCUGUAGGUACCAGUGCAGGCAGUAGUAAACCUAGUUCGUUGUACAGCAGCCUACAAAAAACUCCAGCCAGUAUGAUAGGAACUAGCACAGAAAAGAUCAUUGAGAGCACUGCAAUGGCAACUAGUACAGGAGGAGAAAGAGCUGAGGGUGCAUCACAUUCUGGAAAGGACAGUGAUGCUACAACCACUUGUUCAGAAGGUGAGGUGACAGUAAUCUGCACAAGCAUAGAAGCUGAUGAAGGUUUCACAACAGGCAUAUGGGUAAAGCAUAGUGAGGGCUGCAGUUCGGUCACAGGAGCAGAUACUGGUGACUGUACUGUUGCAGCAGCUGAAGAAGGUGGCAGUGUUGUCACUGAAGGAUUAGCAGAAAGUGAAAGCUUCCUGACAAGCACAGAAGGAGAAGAAAAUGGUGACUGUACCAUGGUUGAUGCAGAAGAAGGUGGUAAGGAUUCUGUGAACCCAAGUGGAGUGGAAAUUGAAGACAGUGUGAAUAGUGCUGGGACAGAAGAAAAAGAUGAUGCUGUGACUAGUGCAGGCUCUGAAGAAAAGCAAAAGACCUCAUCUUGUGUAGAUACAGGCAAAUUUGAAAGUUCUGUGUCCUGCCUAGGUGAAAUGGAGAGCGAUGGAGCUGUAACUAGUGCAGGGACAGAAACAGGUGAAGGGUCAACCAGUGGUGACAGCUCAGGUGAAUUUAGAGGCAAUGUGACAGCUGGCCAAGUGAAAGAACAUGAAGGUACUGUGACUUGCACAGGUGCAGAAGAAAGAGGUCAUAACUUCAUCAUCUGCUCUGUGACUGGUACAGAUAGCCAAGGAGAAAACGCCGUAACUGGUGCAUGUAUUGCAGUGGUCACAAACAACAGUGCCACGCCUGGAACUAGUGGUGACAAGUCUGAGGAUACUGUCAAUGGUGAAAGUGCAGUGACCAGCACGGGCAUAACCCCAGAAGAUGAUGCUGAAAUUUCAGCAGUCUGCACAGGGCUAGAAGACAGCAAUGAGGGAUUUGUAGUUUGUUUAGAAGCUGAAAAAUGUGAAAGUCUAAUGGACAGUACAAGGGCAAAAGAAGAAACCAGUAUCACUACAGUCAGUGUAGGUCUGUGUGAUGAUGAAGGUUUUGUGACUAGUACAGGCUCAAAAGAAGAGGAUGAAGAAGGUGAGGACAUUGUAACCAGUACAGGAAGAGGAAAUGAAAAAAGUGAACAUGCUUCUACUUGUACAGGAGUGGAAAGUGAAAGUGCGCUAAUUUGUAUAGGUGCAGAAGAAGGUGAAAGUUCCAUUAUCUGCAUAGUUGCUGAACAAAUGGAAGCUGAGUCAGGAGUGGCUGGCACAGAUACAAAUAAGCUUACUGUUGACAGCAUGACAAGUGCAGAGAAAGAAGCUAAUUGUGACACAGACUGCAAAAAUGAUAAAGGCAUUGUUGAAAGCAGUGUGACCAGUGCAAGUGCUGCAGAUGAGGGUGCUUUAGCUGCACAGACAGGAAAGCAUGAAAGUACCUUGCUUCCCUCAGAUGCUGAGGAAUGUGAGGGUCCCAUGACUAGUGCUAUGGCAGUGCAGGAUAAGACACAGUUUGGUGCUGAAGACAAACAUGAGAAUGCCAUGACUUCCUUUAACAGCAGAGAACUUGAUGCCUCUAUAAGUAGUGCAGUUCCAAAGAAAGAUGAGACUUCUCUUACCCCUGCUGACAGAAAAGUAAAAGUUGAUGUCAUCUCUACCAGCACAGUGGAAGAUGCUCCUUUGCAUUCAGCCGCAGAUGCUGAAGAAAGUCCACUUGCUGUUGCAAGAGUAAAUGAAAGUGGGGAAAGCUCUAUGAUUCUAAUAGACACUGAAGACACAGUGCCUACGCCCAGCACAGCUACAGAGUUUAAGGAGUGUGUGAAUACUUCUACCAGUAAGCAGGAGAAAGAUGAGUGCACUAUGAUCUCCACCAGUAUUGUGGAGGAAUUUGAGGCUCCUAUGUCAAGUGCAGCUAUUGAAUAUGAUGGUCAGCUCCCCUCUGUGAAAACAGAAGAUAUAAAUGAGAAUGCUAUGGUUUCCGUAGAUAUGGAAGUAUAUGAGGUUCCCAUGCCUAGUGAAUCUAACACAGGAGGAGAGGAUAACAGUGAUGAUGGAAGUCACCCAACUGCUAGUGGUAAGGAAGAAAAGGAUGAGUGUGGUAUGAUUUCCACAAGUGUUGUGGAAGAACAAGUAAUUCUUAUGUCAAGUGAAGUUACAGAAGAGGUGAUUCAACAUAUCUCAGACACAGAGUCAAAGAAUGAGACGCUAAUGAUCUCUACAAGUACAGCAGAAUGUUUUGAAACUCCUAUGUCUAGUGUAGCUAUGCAAGAUGAAAACAAACUCUCUGCUUCAGAAACAGAAGGAAGAUACGAAGCUGCUAUGAUCACUACAAGCAUGACAGAAGAAUGCGAGAUAGUCCUGAUCAGUGCAGCACCACAAGCUGAAAGUCAGCUCAUUGUAGCAGGAGAUGAAGGUGCCAUUCUCUCUCCAAGUGCAUCAGAAGAAUGUAGGGUAGUGGAGACCACUGCAACUGUAGAUGAACAGUUUGGACUAACUGCUUUCAAUGCAGAUGGGAAAAGCAAAGGUUCUGUGAUUUUUGUGGGAGAAUGUGGAGCUCCUGUGCUAAGAGUUGCAACUGACAAUGAAGAUCAACACUCUGCUUCAAAUACAGGAGAUAAGGAGGAGGGGGCAGUGAUCACUCUGAGCACAAUGGAAGAAUGUGAUAGUCUCUUCACUUUUACAGUCAUAGAAGAAAGUCAACUUGCUACUGAGAGUACAGAAGUAAAAGACAAAAGAGAAGAAAGUUUUAAUACUGCUGACCAGAUUGAAUGCAUCCUUUCAACUACAGGCCCAGAAAAAAGUGGGAAUUCUUUGAUUGUUACUGGUAGAGAGAAUGAGACACACGAGAGUGGGGUGAGGACAGAAUCAGCAGCAUCUCAGGCCACAGUAGACAAUGAAAUCACAGAAACAGAUGAAAAUGCAGUGAACCUCAUGAGUGUAGAUGAGGCCCUUUGCGUGGAGAUUAGUACAGAGGCUGCUGACAGUCCUUCCCCAGAGGCAGGUGAGGAUGAUGAGCAGGCUGAAGAUGUUUUGCAUGAGGAUGUUGUAUCAGAACUCUCUAGUACGGUUUCAGAAGCCGUGGGAGAGAGUGAAGCUGUAAAGAAUGUAAACUGUAAAUUAAAUUCGAACAUGCCUUUAGAAAGUGACUCUUCUGAAAUAAGGACUCCUCUGCCUAAGACUCAGGUGCUUUCCUUAGCUUCUGCAAAUGAAGUGACUGUAAACACCAACCAUGGUGAAGUAAAAAUAGAAGCAGAACUAGGGGAAAAAAGGGACCUCGCUUUGUUGCAUGUAGAAAAGCUGUGUGACAGUGAUGACAAAACCAACUUGGUCAAAACAGAUGAUACUGGCGCUGAAGUUACUUUUCAGAAAAGUAAUGCAACCUUUAGUUCAGGCAAUAAUGCAGCCUUACCAAAGCUGGCAGAAGAGCUAGAAAGUACCUUGAGAACUGCCAAGUCACAGCAGCCUGGAAUUGCAAGAAGUGAAGAGGAAUGUGUGGACCUUCAGACUAAAGAAUUGCAAAAAGAUAAGCUGCAGAAGAAUAUUCCUUUAGAAAGAGAAACUUCUCAUGUGGAAAACUUGGCUAGCCAGAUAACUGAAGAACAUAGAUCUAGAGGGGUACAAUGUAAGUCUUCAGAAACAACGGAUAAAGAAAAACGCAACCAGGUGAUUGCUCAGGAUGUGCUAAAAGAUGAUGAGCAAAGUCAGUCCAAAAUGAAACCUGGUAACAUCAAGGAAGUUAUUUCAGGUGAUGCAGCAGAAGUGUCCAAAGAAACUGAUGUAACACAAACACCUCCCAGAAGUACUGUGGAAGAAAAAGAUGAAUUUGACAUUGAACAGGAAAUGUCUGAAAAGAAAAAAAGCGCAGUCUGGAAUCAAAUGAAAUUCUCCAGAGGUGAGUGGUCUUAUUCAUGUUACAAAAUAGACACUGAUAUCAGAAAGGAAAAUCAACCCGUAGUAGUGAAACGCAAAAGGGGACGGCCUCGUAAAUAUCUCUUUGAAGCAGUACAACCUGGUGGUGGGGAGUCAAAAGCUGAUAUGAGCACUGGGAAUCUGCAGUCUCCUGCUGUUGCAAGCAGAGGCAAAACACCUCAAACAGGUGCAGACAUAUCUAAUAAGAAAGAAACAACAAAUGAAGACGAAGCUGAGAAAGCAGAAAUGGUUGUGCGUAAAAGGGGAAGAAAGCCCAGGCGCUCUCUGGUUCAAUCAGACGAAACGGAAACACUGGAGCCAGAGAAGAAACGUCGGAAAUUAACAUCUUCUGAAGAUGAACUAAAAGAGCAAGAGGAGGGGGAGGAAGAAGAUGGUGAGGAAGACAAUGAUGCAAAUUCUGGGGCCACAACUAGAUCAGCCACAAGAUUAGAGGCUCAAAGAAAACAGUCCAGCAAGCCAACCACACGUGCAACUUCUAAAGGCAGCAGUCCAAGUUCAGUUUCUCCUAGAAAACGAAAGAAACUAGCAGCUAAAAAAAGAUCUCCAAGUGAUACAAAAAUUAAUAAAUCUCCUCCAUUGACACAGUUAAAGGUGCAGUCAGCCAAGCGUAAAAGGGAGGGCAGCCCAACAGUGGUACGGAGAAAAGGCCAGCAGAAAACAGAGGAGACGCCACUGAAGAAAGCAAAACGAUAAUUACCAGCCAGUACUGUUCUUGGAAGAGUCAAAAGGAAAACAAACAUCUGUGCUUCUAUUUUUUUUAAAGCAAAGGGAUUUGCACGUGCUUGUUUCAGAGCUCUGAGUUAAACAAUGCAGUACUUUUAAGUUACAUUUUAAACAGCUUUAUAAACUAUUGUUUAUACAGAAUAUUAUGUACAUUUAUUUCAGAUGAAAAAUAAGUUUACUUUGUAUCUGAAUGAAAAACAAAGUAGUUAUAUAUUUUAUCACUGACUUGGAAAGUUGGAGUUUCCCAAUGUGACAUGCUAAUGCAGAUGCUUCCAACCCAUAAGGCACCCAUGUGCCGACUAAUACACUUUGUACAUAAACUUGUAAAAAUAGGUUGUAUUUUACUCUGUGUAUGAAUCAAUAAUGGACAUUUUAUUUAUUAUAUGGAAAGCAUUGGUCUGUAAACUUUAGUAUAUACCUUAGGGUUUUUUAAUUAUAUAUUUUACAUUCUAUGCAGAUGUCAGUAGGAAACUUCCCCUCUGCUCCCCCAGGGUGUCUAAAAUCUGAAGUUCUCUAAAAUAUGCUCAGACAGUUGGUAAAAUAUUUUUCUCGCAUGCAUUAAAGUAGUAUAGCAUAGUGAAAGGGACUUGGCUCCUUUCUGUUCACAUUUGUGACGAAGUAUGACAUUUAAAAUGUAAUCUUACUAGAUUAUAUUUUCACUUGUAAAUUUAUUACCAACUUCAAGAAAUAUACAGUACUACGUUAGAUUUAUUCACAGUCAACCAAUACCACCUAAAAUGAAACAGUUUCAUUUUGCAACUAAACACUUGUUCUUUCAGUGUUUAUCUUUUUCAACAAAGAGGGACCCAUCCAAAUCAAAUGUCACUUCUCCUAACUAUAGAGCUUCAGCAUUUUAUGUUACAUUUUAUACACAGGUAUUAAAAAUAGAAGCUGGUAUUAUUGCCAGAAUCUUUUUUUAAUGUAUAUUAACUCUGGUAAGAGCAAAUGUUCAAGUGAAGUUGUAUAUAAAGUUAAACUUUUCUUAUGAUCAAA